GCCUCGGCGGGGCUGCGUGCGUGUGUCCCUGUCCGCGCUGCUGAAACGGGCUCUUCGAGGGAUCGGCGUCACAUGACUCCGCCUGCCCCUCGCCAGCGCGCAGAUCGCCAGUCCCUCAGUUUGCCCGGCGCCGGAGGAGGGUCAGGCGGUAUCUUCCGGGCACUGGGGCUCUGCGGGGCGGAGAAGAGGUUCCGGCGGGGAAUGGUAUAUCUGGAUUCAAGAAGCCGCGGCUCGGCGCCAGAUCCUGGAGUGUAGAUAUUUGGGGGGAGGGGAAAGCUAGAGGGAGCGAGCGAGCGAGCGCCAGAGAGAGGCAGCGCGCAGCGCGCACGGACGGGGGGCUGCUGCGCGGAGAAGAUGUAAGCGCGUGGGGUCUCGCUGGCCUCUGAGCACCAUGCAGAAGGGGAUCCGGCUGAAUGAUGGCCACGUCGCGUCCCUGGGACUGCUGGCGCGCAAGGACGGCACGCGCAAAGGCUACCUGAGCAAGCGGAGUUCGGACAACACAAAAUGGCAAACCAAGUGGUUCGCGCUGCUGCAGAACCUGCUCUUCUACUUCGAGAGCGACUCGAGCUCGCGGCCCUCGGGGCUUUACCUGCUGGAGGGCUGCGUCUGCGACCGCGCGCCCUCCCCCAAGCCGGCGCUGUCGGCCAAGGAGCCGCUGGAGAAACAGCAUUACUUCACAGUGAACUUCAGCCAUGAGAACCAGAAAGCCUUGGAGCUGAGGACAGAGGACGCAAAAGAUUGUGACGAAUGGGUGGCAGCCAUUGCACAUGCCAGCUACAGGACCCUGGCCACAGAGCAUGAGGCAUUAAUGCAGAAGUACCUGCACCUGCUGCAGAUCGUGGAGACGGAGAAGACCGUGGCCAAGCAGCUUCGGCAGCAGAUCGAGGAUGGGGAGAUCGAGAUCGAGCGGCUGAAGGCAGAGAUCGCAUCCCUGCUCAAGGACAAUGAGCGCAUCCAGUCCACCCAGACUGUCGCCCCCAACGAUGAAGACAGCGACAUCAAGAAAAUUAAGAAGGUGCAGAGCUUCCUGCGGGGCUGGCUGUGCCGGCGGAAGUGGAAGACCAUCAUCCAGGACUACAUCCGGUCACCCCAUGCUGACAGCAUGCGCAAGAGGAACCAGGUGGUGUUCAGCAUGCUGGAGGCUGAGGCUGAGUACGUGCAGCAGCUGCACAUCCUUGUCAACAAUUUCCUGCGCCCGCUGCGGAUGGCUGCCAGCUCCAAGAAGCCUCCCAUCACACACGACGACGUCAGCAGCAUCUUCCUGAACAGCGAAACCAUCAUGUUUUUACAUCAGAUCUUUUACCAAGGCCUGAAGGCCCGCAUCUCCAGCUGGCCCACGCUGGUCCUGGCUGACCUAUUUGACAUCCUGCUGCCCAUGCUCAACAUCUACCAAGAGUUCGUCCGCAACCACCAGUACAGCCUGCAGAUCCUGGCCCACUGCAAGCAGAACCGUGACUUCGACAAGCUGCUGAAGCACUACGAGGCCAAGCCUGACUGCGAGGAGAGGACGCUGGAGACCUUCCUCACCUACCCCAUGUUCCAGAUCCCCAGGUACAUCCUGACCCUCCAUGAGCUCCUGGCCCACACGCCUCAUGAGCACGUUGAGCGCAACAGCCUGGACUACGCCAAGUCCAAACUGGAGGAGCUGUCCAGAAUAAUGCACGAUGAAGUAAGUGAGACGGAGAACAUCCGGAAAAACCUGGCCAUCGAGCGCAUGAUCAUCGAAGGCUGUGAGAUCCUCCUGGACACCAGCCAGACUUUUGUGAGACAAGGUUCCCUCAUCCAGGUGCCCAUGUCUGAAAAGGGCAAGAUCACCAGGGGGCGCCUGGGGUCUCUCUCCCUAAAGAAAGAGGGUGAGCGACAGUGCUUCCUGUUUUCUAAGCAUCUGAUUAUCUGUACCAGAGGCUCUGGAGGGAAGCUUCACCUGACCAAGAAUGGAGUCAUAUCCCUCAUUGACUGCACUUUAUUGGAGGAGCCAGAAAGCACGGAGGAGGAAGCCAAAGGAUCUGGCCAAGACAUAGAUCACUUGGAUUUUAAAAUCGGGGUGGAGCCAAAGGAUUCCCCGUCCUUUACGGUCAUCCUAGUGGCCUCAUCCAGACAGGAGAAGGCGGCGUGGACCAGUGACAUCAGCCAGUGUGUGGAUAACAUCCGAUGCAAUGGGCUCAUGAUGAACGCAUUUGAAGAAAAUUCCAAGGUCACUGUGCCACAGAUGAUCAAGUCCGAUGCCUCCUUAUAUUGUGAUGAUGUUGACAUUCGCUUCAGCAAAACCAUGAACUCCUGCAAAGUGCUGCAGAUCCGCUAUGCCAGUGUGGAGCGGCUGCUGGAGAGGCUGACGGACCUGCGCUUCCUGAGCAUCGACUUCCUCAACACCUUCCUGCACUCCUACCGUGUCUUCACCACCGCCAUCGUGGUCCUGGACAAGCUCAUUACCAUCUAUAAGAAGCCUAUCAGUGCCAUCCCUGCCAGGUGGCUGAGGUCGCUGGAGCUCCUGUUUGCCAGUGGCCAGAACAAUAAGCUUCUGUACGGUGAACCCCCCAAGUCGCCGCGCGCCACCCGCAAGUUCUCCUCGCCACCACCUCUGUCCAUCACCAAGACAUCGUCACCGAGCCGCCGGCGGAAGCUCUCCCUGAACAUCCCCAUCAUCACCGGCGGCAAGGCCCUGGACCUGGCCGCCCUCAGCUGCAACUCCAAUGGCUACACCAGCAUGUACUCGGCCAUGUCGCCCUUCAGCAAGGCCACGCUGGACACCAGCAAGCUCUAUGUGUCCAGCAGCUUCACCAACAAGAUUCCAGAUGAGGGUGACAUGACCCCUGAGAAGCCCGAAGACCCUUCGGCGCUCAGCAAGCAGAGCUCAGAAGUCUCCAUGAGAGAGGAGUCAGAUGUUGAUCAAAACCAGAGUGAUGAUGGUGAUACUGAAACAUCACCAACUAAAUCUCCAACAACACCCAAAUCAGUCAAAAGCAAAAAUUCUUCAGAGUUCCCACUCUUUUCCUAUAACAAUGGAGUCGUCAUGACCUCCUGUCGCGAGCUGGACAAUAACCGCAGUGCCUUGUCGGCUGCCUCCGCCUUUGCCAUAGCAACCGCGGGGGCCAACGAGGGCACCCCAAACAAGGAGAAGUACCGGAGGAUGUCCUUAGCCAGUGCAGGGUUUCCCCCAGACCAGAGGAACGGAGACAAGGAGUUUGUGAUCCGCAGAGCAGCCACCAAUCGUGUCUUGAACGUGCUCCGCCACUGGGUGUCCAAGCACUCUCAGGACUUUGAGACCAAUGAUGAGCUCAAAUGCAAGGUGAUCGGCUUCCUGGAAGAAGUCAUGCACGACCCAGAGCUCCUGACCCAGGAGCGGAAGGCUGCAGCCAACAUCAUCAGGACUCUGACCCAGGAGGACCCAGGUGACAACCAGAUCACGCUGGAGGAGAUCACGCAGAUGGCUGAAGGCGUGAAGGCUGAGCCCUUUGAAAACCACUCGGCCCUGGAGAUCGCAGAGCAGCUGACCCUACUAGACCACCUCGUCUUCAAGAAGAUUCCUUAUGAGGAGUUCUUCGGACAAGGAUGGAUGAAACUGGAAAAGAAUGAAAGGACCCCUUAUAUCAUGAAAACCACUAAGCACUUCAAUGACAUCAGUAACUUGAUUGCUUCAGAAAUCAUCCGCAAUGAGGACAUCAACGCCAGGGUGAGCGCCAUUGAGAAGUGGGUGGCCGUGGCUGACAUAUGCCGCUGCCUCCACAACUACAAUGCCGUGCUGGAGAUCACCUCGUCCAUGAACCGCAGUGCAAUCUUCCGGCUCAAAAAGACGUGGCUCAAAGUCUCUAAGCAGGACGGUACAAUGACUAAUGUGGAUUUGUGUGUCACCUCUCCUGCGGAUGGCUGUACUUUAGUGGACACAAAAGCCUCGCCUUGGCUAACAAUAGAUUUUGGCCUCUCUGGGAGGGAACAUUCUUGGCCAGCCAGAAGUCCUCUGCUUGGUGAACAGGAAGUGAUGGAAUUUAGGAGACCACAAAAUCAUCUUUUUCCUGACACUGACUCCAAGGCUCCUUGCUUGGUCCCUGCUUUCAAUCCCAUAUUCCAAGAGCCCCCCAUUUCUGCCUGCUGGUGUCCACACUCUAACAGAGACACCCAAGAUCCCAGAGGCUUGGUAUCCCAUGGAGCAUCAAAGGAUAGAAGCUCCUGGCCCAGCUAGAAGAUACUUGAACUGCUGCAACUUGGAACAUACUUUUUAAGCAGCCGCUGAGAAAACUCUGUGGCUUCCCAGGCCGCAGAGCUCCUUGCUGGAGAGAGCAUGACAACCCAAAGAGGAGCGUCCAUACACAGCAAGCAUGGGGAUGUGGAGGAAGUUAAAAAUGUGCCCAGCUCAGAGCCACAAAUUGGUUCCAGAAUAUCUUCACAGCCUCAGGGUAUGGUGACACUUCAUCUAGAACUGCAUGGCCACCGGGACCUCCUGAUCAAGCUUCUGUGUCUCCCACAGUUCUAGAGUAUCUGAGCUAGUAUUGCCUUAGGGAACACCUGGACUUACCCUCCUAUUUUCCAGAUGGGGACACUGAGGCCCAGAAAGGCAAGAGGAGUGGUGAUUUGCCAGUCGGCAUGCUAAGGGUAGGUGACAGAGGCUGAGGAGGCCCUAGGUUUCCUGACUCAGCCCCCGCCUCUGACCUCAAGCCGUAUCAGGUCAUUCCUCUGCAGGUGGAUGGAGAAGAAGAGGAAGGAGGGUGCAGCUCUGGAAAGGGGCAAGUGCAAGAGGGAAGCUGAGACUCUGGAACGGAGGUGGGCCGGGGCAUCCAGCCUUUGCCAGUCAUCGGACAGCAGACAUCUCAAGUGAAAGCAGAAUCAUCUGCCUUGACUCCAUGUGGUGUGUGCUAUUCUGUUGCAUGUCUCUUUCGCCAGAUCCAGAACACAGUUGUGCUCUGAACAGGAUUAGUCCACACCAGGUGGCGAGGCUUUUUCUGCUUGUUGAUAAGGCACAGAACUGAAUGGUACGCUCAGCCCUUCUUUCCCCUUGAAGAGCACACACAGAUCUCCUCCUGUCAGAAUGGAGACUUAGAUUGUCCUUUUCAGUAGACAAAUUUCUCAGCAGAAAUCUGACCCUAAGAUUGGGCGUGUGCUUGGCCUCCGGGGCCCGUGUCCCCUCCAGGCUGACUAGGGCUCUGGUGGUGCGACGUACCGCUGUGCUCCCGCGGUUUCUCAGCCACAUUCUGAAUCUUGAGGAACAGAGCUGCAAAGGAAGUCUCUAACCUAUCUCACCAUUUUAUCAAUGAGGGAGCUGAGGACCCCUGAGGGAAAGGGCCUUCCCUCAGGCUACACAGGGAAAGGUGCACAAAGCCAGGCUUGACCCAGGGUGCUCCGUGGGUCAGACAAACUCCAGCCACCGAAACUCUGCUCCAGCCUGAUGUGUGCGCUGGGCCUGGCGGGGUCGCUUGGCAAAGCCAUUUGCUGUGGAGCUUCCUCUUCUCCAGCCAGGCCUUUUCUUUUCUGAUGAUCAGUUCGUCUCCCAUCUUUUUUCUUGAUUCUUAAAUUUGGGUGGUGUUUCUGCUGUGGAAAGGGGAACGUGUGAAAUGAGGGUCACAUCCUUUGGGUCUAGUUCAUGAGAAAGAUCAGGAAAAUGAAAAAUCUGCCAUUUCCUGCUCUGAGCGCAGGCUCCUGGGAGUCACCCACCAAGUCCUUCUAAACUGCCCAGGUCUCAGGAUCCUGCAGCAUUUCCAAGGGCCAAAUCCACACUCAGGUCCCUCACACCCACUUCCUUGCUUCUGACAGAUGUGUGAGCACAGGCACACUCAACAAGGACCCGUGCCCAACUCCUGGGGAGUUCAGGGGCAAGGUGCCCAAACACAGGAGGCCCCCAGAUCCCAAGGGAACGCAAUUCUGGAGCCCUGGCGGGCAGCAUGUUGGAGUGUGGGCCUGAUCCCCGGGCCUUGGCGUGUGCUGUGUGUUAGUAAAUGCUUCUGAUUCCUUCUAGACUAAAGCUUUGAUUGAUAAGCUCCAAAAGCUUGUGUCAUCUGAGGGCAGAUUUAAGAAUCUCAGAGAAGCUCUG